CUCUCACUUUAGAACUAAAAUAUUUAUAGGAAAUCCUUUUGAAGUGAAAGCAUUAACUAUGUUCAUCCUGCCCUAAAGUUCUUGAACAUUUCAUUAUCAUGUAAUAACUAAUUAGUAGUUAUAUAGUUAACAACAUAAAAUUAUACUAUAGCACAAUAAAAUCGAGGUGUUUUUUGAUGUACUCCGUUUUGAAACUAAAGCCUGCAAGAGCUGUUUCCAGCGUUGUUUGCGUUGCCUCCAUACACACACAAACACAAAUAAGCAGAACCAUUUCACAAGAGUUGAAGUGCCCUACUCAUCAAACCCUUCACUGUCUCAUAGACCAAUGUUUCUCCCUAAAACAACUCAAACUUAUCCAUGCACAAAUCAUUCUCCAUGGACUCGCCACCCAAGUUCUCACAUUAGGCAAACUAGUCUCCUCUAGUGUUCAAUUUGGAGAUCUCCCUUACGCACACCACCUGUUUGAUCAAAUUCCUCAACCCAAUAAAUUCAUGUUUAACCAUUUGAUAAAGGGUUAUUCUAAUUCUAAUGAUCCUGCUAUGUCUCUGUUGCUCUAUCGUCGAAUGGUGAGUGCUGGUGUUUUACCAAACCAGUUCACUAUCCCUUUCGUUCUCAAAGCUUGUUCUGCUAAAUCGUGUUAUUGGGUUGGUGUUUGUGUUCAUGCUCAGUCUAUUAAGCUUGGAAUGGGGUCUCAUGUCUGUGUUCAAAAUUCAAUCUUGACUGUUUAUGUUGCUUGUGAUUUGAUACUGAGUGCAAGGAAAGUGUUUGAUGAUAUUUCUGAAAGGACAUUGGUUUCAUGGAAUUCGAUGAUUGCUGGGUAUUCUAAAAUGGGUUGGUCCAAAGAAGUCGUUUUGUUGUUUCGUGAAAUGCAACAGGUUGGGUUGGAGCCUGAUGUGUUCACCUUGGUUGGCUUGCUUUCUGUUUCAUCAAAACAUGGUAAUUUGGAUUUGGGAAGAUUUGUGCAUCACUAUAUCAUUGUUACCGGAAUUAAAAUUGAUUCGGUUGUCACCAAUGCACUUGUAGAUAUGUAUGCCAAGUGUGGACGUUUGAAAUACUCUGAAAGUGUAUUCGAUCAAAUGCUUGAUAAGGAUGUAGUUUCUUGGACAUGUAUGAUUAAUGCAUAUGCCAAUCAUGGGCUUAUUGAUUGUGCUUUGAAAUUUUUUAACCAGGUGCCUGUGAAAAAUGUGGUUUCUUGGAAUUCGAUAAUUUGGUGUCAUGUUCAAGAAGGACUUUACGCCGAAGCCUUUAAAUUUUUCUACAGGAUGUGUGGUUCAGGUGUGUUGCCUAAUGAUGCUACCCUUGUUGCCAUUCUUUCAUGCUGCAGUCACAUGGGUGAUCUAGCAUUAGGACAAGAAGCCCACAAUUACAUUUAUGAUAAUAACGUUACACUGAGUGUGACGCUUUGCAACGCAAUAAUUGACAUGUAUGCAAAAUGUGGCGCUCUUCAGACUGCCAUGGACAUCUUCUUUGGGAUGCCUGAGAAGAAUGUGGUGUCGUGGAACGUUAUUAUCGGGGCACUUGCUCUGCACGGUUUUGGAAAAGAAGCCAUCGAGAUGUUUGAGAAGAUGUGGGCAAGUGGAGUUUUUCCCGAUGAGAUUACCUUUACAGGGUUGCUUUCUGCUUGUAGUCACAGUGGUCUUGUGGACAUGGGAAAACAUUACUUUGACACGAUGACUUCGACUUUCGGGAUCUAUCCUGAUGUAGAACAUUACGCAUGCAUGGUUGAUCUUUUAGGGCGACGUGGAUUCUUAGGAGAAGCAAUUUCGUUGAUACAAAAGAUGCCUAUUAAACCAGAUGUUGUUGUUUGGAGUGCUUUACUUGGUGCUUGUAGAACCUAUGGGAAUCUAGCAGUUGGUAAGCAAAUCAUGAAGCAGUUGUUGGAGUUAGGACGAUACGAUUCCGGGCUUUACGUGCUUCUGUCAAACAUGUAUUCAGAAUCUCAAAGAUGGGAUGACAUGAAGAAAAUUAGGAAAAUAUUGGAUGAAAAUGGGAUAAAAAAGUGCAGGGCAAUUAGCUUUAUUGAAAAGACAUGUAGGGAAUCCAUUUAAAGAUAUGGAUGUAAAGGAAAUAUGCCACUCUUAUAAUUAAUUCAGCACAAGUUUGAUGGAUGGAAAAGCAUGGAUUCAUAAAAUAGUAUUAUCAUUUUUACUUCAAA